GGGCUUUCCUGCGUCACCAACUAACUAACUGCAUUGCAUCAAAUCCAGUGCCGUGGAUCUGCGGAGAACCAAAAAAAUCGUCGACCGCCACACCGACGACGGCGACCACCCGUGGAACGCCUCUACCACUGCCGCAUUCCAUCAUCUAGCGCCGAACGGUCUGCCAAUUGAAGCCGUAAAUUACAAACAUCCGAGUGUCCUCCGAACUUCUGGCCUGAUCUUCCUGUUCCAUUCUUCAGCGAAGGGCUAUUUUGAGGCCCAGGCAUAUCUCUACCAUGGCGUCCGACGAAACCUCAAGUCAUUUGGCAGAAUCCGGAGUCACGAUACGCUCCGACAGUGAACACUACUCUGCCGGGGAAGAAAACACGACCUCGCCUGCUUCAUCCGGAAGUCCUGCAGUCAUUCUGUACCAGCCCCCAACAGUUUGGUCGUUGGUGAGGAGUGCUGCCAUAAACCUGCUGCUUCCCUUCAUCAAUGGCAUGAUGAUGGGUUAUGGCGAGCUUUUCGCACACGAAAUCGCCUUUAGGCUAGGCUGGAGCGGGACAAAAGUAUUUCCCAUGACAAGGAGAACAAGACAUUCUGUAGGCCCCGGUGUUGAGGUCAUUGACAGGCCACGCCCGGCAACUAGCCUGGACGAUCUGACGAGCUUGGAGUGAUUGUCAUAUACACCAAACACCUACAAUAUACCAUACUCACCCGUUCAAUCUCGAGGAUAUACGUUUACUGUCUGCAUAUAUCAUACCAGUUUCGGCCAUUCCCAUACUACCAUACCGAUAAUGCAGUAGAAGACACAUAUGAUAGAGAAACCAUUUGCAUGCUAAAGAGCCCGGGUGUGUUUUUUCGCGAGGGUUGCGUUAGGUGAAACAAAAACUUCACGGACAAACCCUGACGAUAUGAUUUUGUCUGUGCCAAGAGGACAUGCCCAGUUUCAAGUCCGU